GAUUGCUGUUUUAGGCAGACGAUCGUCUAGCAUCUGAACGAAGAGCAUCGUUUGGUUAUCUCUCGCCUUUUAGAAAUGACGGUGUUCCUCGAACCACUUCCAUGUUGGAAUAUAAAUUCAAUAGGAACUCGCCGAAUAUAAUACCAGGCUGAUAAUGCAUCAAACUAAUCAAGAAAGUGUAUCUAUAAGAAAUACUGAGCAUUCAACUAAAAAGAAACCGUUUGAUAUUUUAACUAAUAUAUUCAGGAAGAAAUCAAAAGAUCAAGAAUCUGAUAGCGAUUUACCAGAUGAUACGUCCAAAGCUAGAAAUAAUGUUAAAAAUUUAGUUGAUAGUGAGAAUAUAAAUACAAUUCAAAUCAAAAGAACUCAACCCAUUCCAACUCCAACGAAUAUAUAUAUAGAAACCCGCGAUAGAUCAUCAUCUGUGCAUGGAUCAACAGUAUAUAGCAAUCGAUCCCCAGUAUCUCCACGAGUUCGUAGUUUGGAAGAAGAUAUGGAGGCCUUACGCUUAUCUCGACAAGAUAAUCCUUAUAUUCAACAAAAAUUAGAAAGCUAUUCUUUAUAUGGAGAUUCCCGAGGUUCUAUAUCUCCAUCAUCUGUUUAUUCGUCUUUGCAGAAACACGACGAAGAAAAACUUGUGUCUGAAGAAUUUGAAGAUUUAAUAAUUAAAGAAGAAAACGAACAAAAUUUACACGAACAUUUAAUUCGAAGUCCGCCUCCAAAAUUUCCGAAGAAAAUGUCUCAGUUUGUUUUCCAUAGCAGGACUGGUUCACCACAACAUCAAGUUCGUGACUCAUACGAGAGUAUCCAAGACAACGUUAGUCAAGUGUCCAACCUAACAAAUUCGAAUAAUACUCUGUUAAAAACAAAAGGAAGUCUAUCCAUGACGUCCGUCAACGAUAAUGGACAAAUUAAAGACUUAAAAAAGAAUAAGGAUUUGAAACCACUGACCAAAAAACAGGGUACUGGUGCAUUAGAUCCCAGCAUGAGACAAGUACUAGAAUUUCAAAAGCAAAUUUAUUUUCCAGAUUCUAGAGUAGAAAUAAACAGUCCAGUGGAUAACACCAACAAACGUUCUUCAGACUUAUCUCCUCAUCGUUCGCAUUCCUUAAUAUCAAAAUCAUGGUCGACCAAUACUGUAUCCAGAUCUGUAUCACUUCCGACUACAACAAUAACUUAUUCUGGUGGCAGUAACGAAGAAGAAAAGUCAUACAGUUUAGCACCUGUUAAAGGCGCAAAACCGAAUUAUUAUUGUUUUUAUAUUAGAUGGAACUGGACAAUCAGCUUUCGGAAUCCCCCACUCUUUAAAUAAUGAUAUAACGACGCCAAAACUACAUCGUAAUCGACUUUCAUCUCAUGAAGACUCAUCAUCAUCAUCAUCUAACCAGGAGUUCGGAUGACAACUAGCUUCCCUACGAAAAUCGUUCCAUUCUUGGUUGAAUUCUAUGGUCGAUGCCUUACUACCUCCAUUUCCAUUUUCUUUUUUCUGUUGAUUCAGCACAAUUUGUGAAAGUUAGACAUUCGUCAUGUGCCAAAAUAACAUUUUUUUUUUUUUUCCAACGUCAUGUCAAAUGGAUUCUAUUUUAAUGGACUUGAUUUUUUCCUUGUAACGUGGUUUAAGGCUAUUUAGCUUUUAUUUAUUUUUCGUUAUGUGAAAUUCCAUUUGAAACAUAUGUAAUAUAUACACAUAUAUAUAUUGUUAAGAAUAUAAAUGACAAAUCAAUUUUAAUUAUUUGGGCUUUCUCUCUCUCAUAUAUAUACAUAUAUAUAUAUAAAUAUUUUAUGUAAUUAAAUGUUUUAAUUAACGCACUUAAAUCAUGACGUGAUGAUUAUCAAAUCCGCACAAAUUAGAAUAACUUCAAAGUAUUAAUCUAACAUAUUUUAUUUUAUAAAAAGAAAAUAUAAUAUUUAUUAACUUUAAGCACUCGGUUUUUUCUUGUGUAAUGAUAAAGAAUUUCCAUAUUUAGGAAUAUUUAUUAAAUAUUCUGUGGAUGAGAAAUUGUACACCUCUUUCUCUAACUUCAGUAAUUUUAUCUGCUUUGUUAUUCAGUCUUGUACGCGCUCUUUGAGAAAGAAAAGUUAAAUUAUUGCUAAAGUAAGAGAAAUAA